AUGGUGAAUUAUACCAACAAACUGAGGCAUGAGGAGGUGGACCAAGCAGUAGAGAUGACUGUGCUGGGCAUCACUGUUGCGAACAAGGACAUGUACCUAAAAUUAACCCUCAUCCAGAAUGUCACGGAGAUUAGCUGUGCCAUCUUGGAGACCAGAGACUCCCAGGAGUUCGAAUUCUCUUACAAACAGGAGCUCCUUGGCUACAUGCUGUCUCAUGAGCUACCUGCAUGGCACCCUGAAUGCUGGGUCCACUCUGAGCUCGGCAGAGAUGCUGACAUAUUGUGGGCUGUAACUGGAAGGAAUGGCUUCUGUCUGGACUUCAUUAAAAAGGAACCACUGGAUUCCCUGGCAUCUCCAGUUCGCUACAAGGCAGUUCUUGCCAUUGAACAUCUGAGCAAACUCAAACCAUCUUUGACCUUGGAGGAAAACCGUGAACUCCUUGAUCAGUGUUUCAAAAGUUUAAUUCCGCUUCCUCCCUUGGAGAAGAUGAUAGAGGAAGGCGAGACAGCAAAGGAUGCUCUGCAUAUACAGUCACUGUACGUGAGGUCUUUGGAAGUCCUUGGCAAGCUAAUGAAGACUUUGCUGGAGGAAGAACCAACCGCAGACUGGUUCCAGGAAAUGUUUGAAGUGAAUGAGGCUGCAGAUAAGACCUGUGACCCAUGA